CACAAAUAUUCGCCACAAUAAGAAGUGGCGCUGCUUCCUGUGGGCCUUCAUGAGCAGAUGAGGCCAUGGGGAACUGCCACUGCAAGGACAGAGAGUUAGCCGAGACAAGAGAGGCAUUUGAACCUGAGCCUGAAACUGUCGCUGAUGACGAUGUCGACUUCCCAGAGGGACUGUCGCCGAAAUCAAGGACAAGCAAGGUGCAGGAUGGUGAGGCAGAUAUGAUACCCGAUAACGCAAGCGCAUGCAGUGACAACAAAGCGGAGGGAAGCGGAGGCAGCAUGAGCGAUGUUGGCGAUUUUGCCGAGAUGGUUGACGCAGAGGACACUAGUGAAGUCACUAGUGUUUGCAAUUCAAGUGCGGGCUCCGAAGUCAGUCCAAUGUCAGAAGGAACUAUCAGCAGAAGAAAAAAUCGGAUGAAACAGAAGAAGCUUAAGAUGACAGACACGAUGGGCUUUGUGCCUUCAGCGGCUCUUCUCGUUGUACCGGACAACAGAGGCAAACUUGACGACAAUUAUGACGUGGAGCCAGUAGCUCUCGGCAAAGGUGGAUUUGCAGAAGUGAGGCGUGCCACAGUUAGAGUCACUGGUGCAAAGCGGGCAGUAAAAAUUAUCUCAAAGUCUGACAAAAACAAUCCUGGACUUCUCAAGGCUGAGAUAGAGGUCAUGAAGAUGUUGGAUCAUCCCAAUGUAGUCACCCUUUUUGAGAUCUUUGAAGACUCUGACACUCUUUCACUUGUGCUCGAAUUGUGCAGUGGAGGAGAGCUUGAAGGAUAUGUGGAAAAGCACGGAAAUCUGAAAGAAUCGGAGGCGGCGCUUGCAACCAAACACGUUCUCUCGGCCAUCCGAUACUUGCAUGGUAAGGGUAUUGUGCACAGGGAUAUCAAAGCUCCUAAUUGCCUUUUGCUACUUCCACAUGGCCUUGACGAACGUCAGGCAGUGAAAGUGAGUGAUUACGGGUUGUCAUGUCCAUUCAAGAAGGACAUACUUUUGACGCAGAGGUGCGGGACACCAAGUCACAUGGCACCAGAGGUCUUCGCCAAGCAGUACUCUGCGUCCUGUGAUAUUUGGAGCGUCGGCAUCAUGCUUUACUGGCUUAUGUCUAGGCGCUUGCCAUUUGGGCAGGCUGGACUGUCAGAGGAGAACUCAAAAGCCCGGCUUCAAUUUUCCUCUGCUGCCUGGGUGAAUGCUGGUCAGGACGUCGUGAACAUGGUUUCUGCCAUGUUGAGAAAGGAUCCAAACCAGCGACCAGAUUGUGUUAAGGCACUGACCCAUGCCUUCAUAGCCAAACACGCACCAAAGCUGCCAGUUGGGGUCAUUGAGGAGAAACACAUUGAGGGCUUGAAGAACUACAGAGGGUUGAACAAGUUCAAGCGAGCAUGUCUCAACAUGACUGCUUGCAUGCUGGGCGAGGCGGAUGUUGGUCCAUCGAGGCAACUGUUCCUUGCCCUUGACGACGAUUGCAACGGCCAAGUUUCAAUGUCAGAGCUGGUGAACCUUGCGAAGGCAGCAGCCACUGCAGGCAAAGGCACGAAGUCCUUGAAAAAGAAAGACGCCUUGAAGAUAUUCCAAGCAGAUGGCGUGCAGGAUGCCAUCCAGGACUUCUCGUUCACAGAAUUUGUCGCAGCAACUUUCAAUCGCAAGAAAUGCCUCACUGAGAAGGUUGGCCGCGUGAUUUUCAACAGCUUUGACAAAAAUAUGGAUGGAAGCAUCCAAUUGAGUGAGCUUGCAGAAGGCCGUUUGCUAGGCCACCUUCAAGCGACCGAGUUGGUGCAAACAUUGAAAGAUUUGGACUUGAACGGUGAUGCAGAGAUUGACUUCAAGGAGUUCAUGGCAAUGUGUCGAGAGUGAAGUUGCUCAUUACAUGGCCCGCUUUGAUUUUCUUCCGCAUAUACAUGCGGAACCUGUUUGGAAGUCAUCAGUGCACAGUUCACAUCACAAAUUCUGGACUUUUUGUACGGUGCGUAUGUUUUGUACAGACAUCGUUCGGUUCCGCCUACCCAGAAUGUUUUGCAGCAACUGCUUGUGUUGCAAAGCGGUG